UGGCGGAGAAAAUGUUGUCGGAAGUAAUUUUAAAAAAUUAAGAUUUGUGAUUCAAGUUUAAUGAAAAAAAUUUGCGAAUUGAAUAUAAUAAAACUAUUUAAAACCGAAGUGUAAUAACUAAAUUUAUAAAAAUAAUUUUACUGCAGCAAAAUAUUAUUUCUGUAUGUUUAUUUUUUUAUUUGAAAUUAACCUCUUGAACGCGUAACUUUGUAAAAAUUUUACGGGUUCUUAUUUUUCAAUAUCUCAAUUUGAAAACUUUUUGCUAAAUUUGAACAAAUAUUAUCAGGUUAAUUUAUCGUAAAAAAAUUAAUUUAUAGUUAGUAGGUAUUAAAAAUAAAAUAAAUAACCAACUCUUUUUGUGAGGUUAUAAAAGUUGUAAAAUGCCUGAUAACACAGCUCAAAGGCCUUCGUGACUUAGCAAACCAUUGUAAAACGCUUUAUGAGAAGUUGUUGGAAGAGUUGAAUGAGUCAACUACUCAACCAAAUCUGUCAAAUUAAAAGUUUUGUACUUUAAUGAAAGCUGACACCUCAUUAUAGUCUCAAUCAGUUUCAGAUGGAUUUUUUCUACAGUACACAUUUUGUGGAGCGUCUGAAAAAGAAAAUUAAAUCAAACACCGAUGACUACUUGGAAUACCAGCUGAAACAAAAGCUAAAACGCUACAGAAAAUUUCUCAAUAAGAAUAUGAAGGAAUACAAUUUGACGAAGGAGGAAAUUAAAAUGCUUCCGAUCAUAAUUCUCUUAGAGAGACAGACGUUACUUCAUCUUGAACAGUGCAUCAUUGGAGACGAAAUAAACAAAGAAAGCGAGAGUUCGUACUUGAGUCGCAUUCGUACUCUUCCAGUCGACAUCCAAUACCAACUGAUGAAAGAUAUGCAGGAUUAUGAAUUCGAUAAAUGUGAGGAACAUCAGACGCAACUUUCCCUGCGUGAUGCAUUAAGCAGCCAGUACGUCUAUGAAAUUAGAUUAGAAGGCAUCCGCCGAUUAAUUAUAGACGUUGAAGAUUCAUAUUUCUUAAACUUAGCCAAGAACAGGAGAUACCGUCUGCCAUACAUUAAAGGAAAAUUUUUGCAUGACGACUGUGGAAUAUGUAAAGAGAAAUUUGUUGAAGGACGUUUUAUACAUGAAUUGAAUUGUAACCAUGCUUUUCAUUUUAAUUGCAUUGAUUUGUGGUUGAAAAUGGGAGGAAAGAACUCCUGUCCCUAUUGCCGACAGAAGGUUGUGUACGGUGUAAAAUUGGCAAAAAGUUAUGAAACGUAUUUCGAUAAGUCAGGUGGGGAUCUCUUUGAAGUUGAACCCGGACACUGCAUCAGCAAUGCCAGGCACCUUAACCAUUACACAAUUGCGCCGCCCAAACUUUAG